AUGGAAUAUUCAAUGAGUCCAACACCUGCAUCAACGAUUGUUUUGUUCGAACAUAUUGAAACAAAACUAUUAACUGUCAAUGGUAUUUGUCCGGAUAUUGUUCAUCAUACAAACGAUGAUCAGUCGUGCCCAACUAAAAGUGAUUGGGUUACCGGUCGUUGGGGUGAAGAAUUGGUAUACAAUUAUUUAAAAUGGAAACAUCGAUCACAAGGUAAAAAUAUUCACAUAACCUGGUUGAAUGAAACCAGUGAAUCAGGGGAACCGUAUGAUAUUAUAAUAGAGGAUUCUAAGAAUACCUGCGAUUAUAUUGAAGUUAAAUCUACAGUCUCAAAUCAUUGUCAUGCAUUUCCAAUUAGUAUUGAACAAGUGUCAUGGUUCAUGAAAUUAAAAAAUAAUUAUUACAUAUAUCGUGUUUAUAAUGUAUUUAAUAAACAACAAGUUUGUAUUCGAAUUUUGAAUAAUUUAAGAGAAAAUUUACAUAAACAUUAUCUAUCAUUGGAAAUGAAAAUUAAUGAUCCUAAUCCAAUCAAUAACGGUGACACUCAAUGA